CCCGAUUCCCAUACUUUCCAAAAAUCAAUUUCUUUUCUCCCCACUCCAGCACGUCAAAACCCUAACGCCAUCGCACACGAGAAUCUCAAUCUUCGAUAAAAUCCAUGAUCUUCGCCCCUCCUUCUCUGAUCUUUGUGGCUUGAAGCUUAGACCUUCGCUAGCUCACUACUUCGGGCGAUGUCCCUGUCUACUCAGUUGAACUCACCAUCACCGGACAGAUCUCUCUUCCCUACCUAGAGCUCUAAGCUUCGUGGAAUCCUGGUCCGGCCACCAUUUCCCUUCUCAGUGGUGUGCGCUGAGGAGAAGUAGGAUUUGGAGCAAGCUCACUCGAGGGUUAUGUAAGACAAGAAAAAUACACUGCUGGGGAGUCUCACUGUGAGAGAAACCAUAAAAUACUCUGCUCACUUGGGACUCUCAAGCACAAUGAUGAAAGAAGAGAUUGAGCCUACCAAUGAAAUCCUUACUAAGUGGUGGGGACUGGGGAGAAGAACAGACUUCGACCAGAUCAAACUUCCUUCGAUGGGAUUUAGUCAGGUUCUUAAGACUAAUAGGACUUCUAGUUUCAAGCAUUGGUAAACCAUUGGAAUCUUCAACAUACUUGCCAACAUGAGAGAUCAAGGCAAUGCUAAUCAAGCAAUACAUGCUAUCGAAUUAUGCUGCAAUGGAAAAGGAAAGAAUGAAGGAAAAGUAUUUUGUUUUAUUUGCUGCUCAAGUUCCAUUUUAUUGGAUUGCUUAUUUGACUGCAGCAAGAAUGAGACCAUAUGCUAGCCGAAAUUGAAAAUAUGCAGCUAGUUGCAAACACAGUUGAGGGACAAGAUCAUGGUGAGUCAGAUCCGGUUAUUAUUGUCUCUGCAGAGGAGGCAGAUUCCAUUUUGUUGGCUUUUAAGGCCAUCCCUACUGUGAGCAUAUAUGAAAGAGGUGAUUUGAAGCCUGGCGCAGAAGUUUCAAUCACAGGACCAGUUGGGAAAGAAAUGCUUAUGCAAAAAGACCCUAAUGCCACAAUUGUCAUGCUUGCGACUGGGAGUGGCAUUGCACCCCUCAUAUCGUUCUUGUGGAAAAUGUUCUUUGAGAGCAUGAGGACUACAAGGUUAAGAUGGCAUGUUCUACAUAAGGUGGAUGAUUUAGAAGAGACCUUGUGGAUCUUGUUGGAACUUAAACCUUUAUUCAGCUUUGAGAUUAUGCCUUUGAUUGCAAAUUGUUGAUUUGAGUUUCAAAUAUGUAGGAUUUGUUCAAUUUCCUUGUUAACUUAUAAUAUCACUUUUGAAGGGAAAUGUGAAAAUAUAAAUACAGCAUAGGUGGAAACUAUGCCAAAAUCUUUAGUGA